AUGAUAUACGCGCUAUUCUUCACCUGCUUCCUCCUCCUCUUCGAAACUACUCAUCAUCUUCGACGAUUCUUGUUAGUGUGCGCCGUCUUGACCUCACGUGCGCCUUUGGCGCACUCCCCUAUCUUACGCUCAUCCGUCGUCACUCCCACGGAGACAUCUGCGUCCGUCGUCUGCGGCAAUACUACGAUCGAUCGCAUCGAUCCAGAUUCUGCCGUCGAGAUCCCUGUUUUUGGCCAGACGCGGGCGAUGUCGAAAGCUCGUGUUUACACCGAAGUUAACGUGGUUCGACCCAAGGAUUAUUGGGAUUAUGAGUCGCUCAUUGUUCAGUGGGGGGAGCAGGAUGAUUAUGAGGUAGUAAGGAAGGUCGGGCGCGGAAAGUAUAGUGAAGUUUUCGAGGGCGUGAAUGUGAACAGCAAGGAGAAGUGCAUAAUCAAGAUCCUCAAACCUGUGAAGAAGAAGAAGAUAAGAAGAGAGAUUAAAAUACUGCAGAACCUCUGUGGCGGGCCGAAUAUUGUCAAGCUGUUUGAUGUUGUUAGAGAUCAGCAUUCAAAAACUCCGAGCUUGAUAUUUGAAUAUGUUAACAGCACAGACUUUAAAGUUCUGUAUCCCACUUUGACUGAUUACGACAUUCGUUACUACAUCUAUGAGCUGCUGAAGGCGUUGGACUACUGCCAUUCACAAGGAAUAAUGCACAGAGACGUCAAGCCUCACAAUGUAAUGAUUGACCAUGAGCUUCGUAAGCUUCGCCUGAUAGAUUGGGGUCUCGCUGAGUUUUACCACCCUGGGAAAGAGUACAAUGUCCGUGUUGCCUCAAGAUACUUUAAGGGACCCGAACUUCUUGUGGACUUACAAGACUAUGACUAUUCGUUGGAUAUGUGGAGCCUUGGCUGUAUGUUUGCUGGGAUGAUAUUCCGUAAGGAACCUUUCUUCUACGGCCACGACAAUCAGGAUCAGCUAGUGAAGAUCGCCAAGGUACUUGGGACAGAUGAGUUAAAUGCGUAUCUAAAUAAGUAUCAGUUAGAACUUGAACCACAACUCGAAGCACUCGUUGGGCGGCAUAGCAGGAAACCUUGGUCCAAAUUCAUCAACGCAGACAAUCAGCAUUUGAUCUCACCCGAGGCCAUUGAUUUCCUCGACAAGCUACUCCGGUAUGAUCAUCAAGACAGAUUAACUGCAAGAGAAGCUAUGGCACACGCUUACUUCGCUCAAGUUAGGGCAGCAGAAACCAGCAGAAUGAGAGGUCAAUGA